AUGCGAGGUAUUACACUUCAUAGCAUCAAUGCCGACUCUGUAUUUCUUUCGGGUAUUCCAAGAGAUUUCCACCUUCACGCUAAAUCCAUGUUGGGUAUCUACUUUCGUUCAAGAAGAAGGCAACUAACAAUGCUUCCAUUGAAAGAUAUCACACCAGCAGCAAGAAACAACGUCAACACACAGUUCAUAAUUUUGGAAAAAGGGAAGAUAACAUUAGAAGGAGGACAAAACAAGACAUGUAUGGGAUUAGUUGCAGAUGAAACUGCAUCUGUUCACUUUCAAUUAUGGAAUGAAGAGUGUGAUGCGUUUGAGGCAGGAGACAUUAUUCGUUUGUCAAAUGGGAUAUUUUCUUACCAACGUGGCAAUAAUCUUGUUUUGAGGGCAGGGAAAAGAGGGAAGGUGGAAAAAGUGGGAGAGUUUACAAUGGUGUUUGCUGAGUCACCAAAUAUGAGUGAGAUUUUGUGGGCCCCGGAUCCGAAUAAUUCGGGGAAAUACGUACGAGAGUCUGUAAUUUCGACCCAUUCGCAUAUUUUCCCACCAACCGUUUAGAUUGUGUUUCUUAGAUUAGAUUGGAUUGUAUUCUACCGGACAUGCUUUUUAGGACUAUUUUUUUAUGAUAAAAAUGAAGAAGGGUAUUUACGUCUUUUGUAUA